AUGAUCUGGGAACAAAACACCGGCAAAGUUGUCAUGGUGACCAAUUUGGUGGAAAAGACAAAGACUAAGUGCGUCCAGUACUGGCCAGACGGACAACCCAAGCAGUUUGGUUUCAUCAGCGUCUCUCUGCUGGACGAAGAGAACUUCUCUAACUACGCCAUCAGAACUCUGCAACUGAAGCAUUUGAAGAUGCAGAACAAGACCCAGAUCGUCAAACAAUUUCACUUCACGGCUUGGCCAGAUCAUGGUGCGCCCUCUAACGCCAGUAGCUUAUUGGACUUCCAGAGAAAAGUCCUGGGACAUAAAUCAGCAUUGAAUGGGCCUAUAGUGGUGCACUGCAGCGCUGGAAUAGGCCGUACAGGAACGUUCAUAGCUCUAGACUACUUGAUAAACCAGGCCAAAGAGGAAGGUGUGGUGGAUGUACCGGCCUGCGUCAGGCUGCUCAGGGAACAGCGAGUCAACAUGGUCCAGAGUUUGGAGCAGUAUGAAUUUCUGCACGAGGCCCUGGCAGAAGCCCUGGAGCUUCAGGAAGGGUCAAUCCCAGGUGUGAAUUUCUCCAGCGUGUUUGCUGAUCUCUGUACUGUUAACCCAGAGACUGGACAGUUGAAGAUAGCCGAACAGUUCCAGCGGCUGAAUGAGAAAACCUCUCCUCUGGACAAGGCUACUCUGGUGACAGCUUUACAUCCUGACAACCUGCACAAGAAUAGGUCUGACAAAAUCGUCGCCGGUGAGACCUAA